CGCAGACAGUCAACGCUCCGCUUUUUUGUUGUUGUAAAUAUCCGUUAAACGCUACACAUUUUAUAAUGGCUCUCAACCAUUUCGUCAAUACCAGAAGCUGAUGUGCUGCAUUCGAUUCAAAAAUAAAAAAAUAAUAGCUUACUAUUGCUAAUAAAAAGAUACACUGAAUGCAAGUUAAAAAAUUUUAAAUCCCUGUAUAUUAUCCUGGUAUGAACCAUUGUGUAGAUUAUUAAAAAAAAGUGUAUUUUAGCAUAAUGAUAAUGUUGUGUAUACUGAACAGUGUUUAAAUUUUCAAGCUUGCUGUGUUGACAAUGGACAUUGUUGACGUGGAGUUGUCAUCCAGCCAUGCCAGACUGACACUGGCCAGUCAAGGAACUGGCCAGAUGGAGCGGCAAUGGAGCGGAGCUAAAGAUAUCCUGUCCCUGGUGACCCAUGGCCGGUGCCAAGGACAAACAUUUUUUAUUCUGGUCUGUGACGGUGUGGAGGGCUUGUUACACCUACUUCGCAGACUACUCGUUUGCUUGAAAAGAUCGUGUGGACGCCAGCUUACCAUAGCCGACCUUACCUUAGCCGAGCCUACUCAACCAAAGCAAUUCCUCCCAGAUCUCCUACAAGAGUUGCCUCGUGGAAGACAAACCAAACGUUUUGGCCUGCCUGAUCUCGUUGCUGGCGCGUCUAGAGAAGUGCCUGAGGCUUUCACCAGAGUGGCCCCAGUGAACCCCCUCGUCUGUCCUUGUCACUGUGCUCGCCAGGCAGCUUCGCAAGUUGAGCACAGCCGGGGGUCACACCAGAGGUCACACCAGAGGUCACACCAGAGGUCACACCAGCCAACACAUCCACCGACCAGCGGGGACAGUCAGCAGUUGGUAGAGAGCAGGAUGUGUGGCCCGACCGUUGGGCAGGUGUCUGUCCAGGACCACAAUGCACCUGUAGACUCCGACAUUUUGAUGUCAUAUGGGCCUUCAGACAGGAGGCGCCCCUCCCCCCAGGUCCCCCAGGAGAGCGAGGCAGUCAGGAGUAUUGUAGAUAUGCUGAGGGAAGUGGGCGACAAUUUGGAUUCGAGAUUAAGGGAAAAAGAGCCGACGCUACUGUGCAGCAUCCAAAGGCAGCUAUGUCAAGAAAUGAUUGGCCCCCUGAGACAUACAAUGGUGCAUGUAGGAGGUGAAACCAUCAGAUUCUUGUACUAUUUAACACAGUGGUAACACACAUCGUGUGUUCCAUGCAGUGUCGCACUAAACACAGAAUGAACUGAAACAAGCAUGGCCAGUUUGAUAAGUGUGUCGGUAUGGCAAGCUGAUGCUUCUAUGUGUGUAGUCACAAGUGUUGAGUGACUGGCAUAGAGUUGAAUAUUUCUAAUCUGGACUUGACUGGUUGAUCUAUCGUCUGUUAACAACUAACUACAUAAAUACAGCGUCACAGUGGAGUUUGUUUAGUGUAGAGUUGGCUAGAGACAGGUCGAUUUAAACAGGCUGAUUUCUUUGAUUGGGGAUUGUGAAUAAGCUGCUAAACAACUGCUAUUUAAAUUGUACAUACAACAGCUAGGAAUGAGUGAAUAGCACCCGGACUUUUUGUAAUAUGGCUAGUGGUGUCAGAUCUCUACUGUAGAUCUUAGUGCUACUUUGUUUCUACUUCAAGAAAAAUACCGUAGUCACAUACAGUAGCACUUUUUAGACGAUAGAACUCCUGUUAACGGACAACUAGCUGUGAUUCUUAUAUUUGACCAACACAACUUUUCAAUGGUUACUCUUUCAUGAGGAUAACUUCUAGACAGGAUUCUUUCAUCAUUCUUUUUAAUGGAGCGGUUUGUUGCCAACUCAAUGAGCCACACAUAGUUAGGUCAACUCAAUGAGCCACACAUAGUUAGGUCAACUCAAUGAGCCACACAUAGUGAGGUCAACUCAAUGAGCCACACAUAGUGAGGUCACCUGAGUGGGUCACGUUUGGUCCUGGUUAGAAGACUACGAUCAUCUCUGGUUAGAAGACUAGGAUCAUCUCUGGUUAGAAGACUAGGAUCAUCUCUGGUUAGAAGACUAGGAUCAUCUCUGUUUAACUGUCUCGAGCAGGCCUGUAAGAGAAACGAUCCUAGAACUUGCCCUGAAAACGUUUGUUGACUCCAUCAUAGUAAAACCUUUGACCUUUAUUUGAUGCUCUAUACUCCUUCAAUUGGACCAGAAGUCCAUAUGACAGCAUCACACGAGCAGCUAGCUUGACCCUAUGCUCAUUAGUUUUGUUAAUUACGUCGCUAAUUGAGUCUCAUCCGACAUUUUUAAAAAUGGCACUGUUUGAAUGCCAGAAACUUGGGUAAAGAUCAGUUAUCCAAAUAGUUUAAGAAAAGGUUUCUUACUAGCCCUGUACAUAUGAAGGUCUUGCGCCGGUCUGUACUCAGAUCAAAGACAUACAAAUGACUGCAGGUACCGCAUUUCACAGUCGUCUCUUGGAUCACCUGCUACAAUUGUUACAAUGCUAACAUUCAAGUACUACACUACUCAAUGUUACAAUGCCACACUACUAAAAGCUUCACAUCUUUAUUGUAAGGUGUCUCUGACAGUUUUUCCAGCUUUCUAACAAACUAGUUUCUCGCAUGAAAGCUGUAUGAUUUAAGCUUCAUGAAAACUGUAUGAUCUAUGCUUGAUGGUAUUAUUUAAGCUUCAUGAAAACUAUGAUCUAUGCUUGAUGGUAUUAUUUAAGCUUCAUGAAAACUGAUUUAAGUAUAAUAAACUUUGUAUGAUUUAUUUGAAAACAUUGCACCAUCAUAUUUUUAAAAGCAGUCAAUUUAUAAUUUUAGAUAUAUAAAUUGGCUGUUUAUUUUUUUUGUCGUCAAAUGUGUCAGGAUCCUAAGUGAACAGAUUUUGCUUGUCAGGGAGUCUCCAAAAGCUUGUGGCAUAAGAUUAGUGUCGGGCUUUGAGGAUCGUCUUUCAAUGUGUUCUACAUUCCUAGCUCGCAUGUACCAACGGGUUUUUACAUUCUGACAACUUUUGUAUUCCCAACUAAAUCACACCAAAUAUAAAACAUUCUGACAACUUUUGUAUUCCCAACUAAAUCACACCAAAUAUAAAACAUUCUGACAACUUUUGUAUUCCCAACUAAAUCACACCAAAUAUAAACAUUCUGACAACUUUUGUAUUCCCAACUAAAUCACACCAAAUAUAAAACAUUCUGACAACUUUUGUAUUCCCAACUAAAUCACACCAAAUAUAAAACAUUCUGACAACUUUUGUAUUCCCAACUAAAUCACACCAAAUAUAAAACAUUCUGACAACUUUUGUAUUCCCAACUAAAUCACACCAAAUAUAAAACAUUCUGACAACUUUUGUAUUCCCAACUAAAUCACACGAAAUAGAAAACAUUCUGACAACUUUUGUAUUUCCAACUAAAUCACACCAAAUAUAAAACAUUCUGACAACUUUUGUAUUCCCAACUAAAUCACACCAAAUAUAAAACAUUCUGACAACUUUUGUAUUCCCAACUAAAUCACACCAAAUAUAAAACAUUCUGACAACUUUUGUAUUCCCAACUAAAUCACACCAAAUAUAAAACAUUCUGACAACUUGUAUUACAACCAAAUAUAAAACGGCAUCGUCCUCAAUCACAACCUAGUUAUGGUUUUAAAAUAAAAUACAUUUUCAAUAAUGUUUGAAAAAGAAAGUAAUUUUUCACUGAAAUGUUCAUUUAAAGGUUACAAAAACCUCAUUGUUUCUCUUCUUACUUUUCAGGUUCUAAAGUGUUAACAAAAUUCAUGCCUAUCUACUGUGUUACACAUAUGCAUCUUUGAUUGACUUGUUUCAAUUGACAUUAUAAUUUGUGAAUAUUAUUUAUGCUUACAUAAUUAAAAAUAAAUGAGUUGUCUUUGCGUACUAAAUAGUUUUGUAAAAGGAGGGCUCACUUUUUGAUAAGGAUGUUGAUCAUAGGGAGAAUCUCUUGUUAAAAACUACAAUGCAGGAUAGUUCUGUAACGGCGCUUUUAAUUUCACUUUAGGGACCGACACUCUUAUAUGAUACGCAGUGGCCUAGCCGUACAGCGCUAGACUGCUAAUCCAAAAGUAUAGAGUUCACCCAGCUCUUAAGUUAGGGAAAUUAAAGGCGGCUGGACAUAGAGUUGACCACAUUAUCCCUUCAUAUGCCGAGGUCAAGAAAUAUGUAUUCUACUUGAUCUGCCCAAUGGAUCGCUAGGUCUAAAGAGGAUCGUUUACUUUACAAUAUCUGACAUGAUGUUAUACGUUGAGCUCAAAGCUUUUCAUUAUGCAAUCAAUUCUUGUGCGAGAGGAUGUGUUCUGCUACUUUAGAAGUGAUCUGUCCUUCUUUAGAAGAGAAUAGUCAUUCUUUAGGUGAGAAUUGUCAUAUUUUAGACGCGACUUGUUAAAAUUGAAGUUAUGUAUGUGGACCGUUACAAAACAAAGCUGAUUGAAGACGUUUUAAAUAACCCCUUGGAAUUCAACCAACCUACUGUAUUAAUGUGCUCACGAACAAAACCAUAGUCUAUUGACCAAAUUAUUGACAGGCUGUCGGCGAAAAAUGUUGAGAGGAUUUUCAUGUGUUUGUUUAAUAACUUGAGUUGUACUUUAUUUAAUGACUUGAGUUGUACUUUGUUUAAUGACUUGAGUUGUACAUUCGUUGUAAAAUAAGUUGACAGCUGAGCUGAUUCUAAGUGUGUUACGUUUUUUCUUUUUAAAACACGCCUCAGGAAUGUGCGAAUGUGAUAUGGUGAAGGAGGAAGCGAAAAUAAAAUGUGCUAAAAUGUCAUUUAUGCUAGUCAGAAGAAUACAUUUUUGAACGAAUUAUUUUGCUUACAUUUGCAUAUAAUUUUUUCAGUAUUUUUAUUUGAAUCUGAGAUUUUGAAUACAGAAUAAA